GUCUUCACUUUCAAUUGCGUUCCACGUCAGACCAUGGGCCAGAUCAGAUACGGUCCUCGUCGCCCAUCCUUCUUCAGACCGCUCUCGAAACGCUCGCUCCGAAUCCUGCACGCCCUGUUGACCACACACGAAUCGACCUUCCUGCUCGGCGAUUUCCUCGCGCUCUACCCUCGCUUGUCACGGCAAGAAGCCAGGACACAGGGAAUCGGGUUCGAAGCUCUCUGCCUCGCCGCAGAGCUCAAAGAAUGCGUGCUCAUAGGUUGGGGAGAUGGAAGAGAUGCAGACGGCGACGGCAAGGUAGCAAAGGCUUGGCUGAAAGAGGUCUGGGGAAAAGUCGAGACGGAUCUGCAAGACCUGGUAUCGGGAGACGCCGUAGAGUCUCGAACUGAUAUCGACGCUGCCAUCGAUUGGAUGCAAGGGGUCAAGAUACAUAAGAUCGGGGAAGUCGAGACGGACUCGGCCGUCUUCACCGGACAUUAUUUGCUGUAUCACCCGCCCGUUUCUCCUGCCCUUCAAGACGUUUUGGACAUUCCCGCUCAGCGGACUGACAAGGCUCAUAGCGCGGCAUCGACGGCACUACCGCUGAUCACGGAAGAGACGAUAUGGGGAUACAUCUUGGACUAUCCCACGACGAUGCCUGCCAACGAGAACUUCCUGGACGACGGUCUUCGCAGACAAAACGUCGUGCAGGUCAAUUACCACCAGGUCUUCCGGGAUGGACCUCUGAUGGGGACCGAGUACUUUUGUUCGCCCUCGCAAUCGGAUUCGCGCAAGGUCAGAAAUCACUUCGAGCGUUAUAGACAGAGACUGGAGGGAGUGGUCGACCUUUCGUUAAUGCUAGAUGGCGUGGCCCAAGGUGCAGCGAGCGCGGCUACUUGUACCUUGCAACAGACUCUCGAGGAUGCGUUUACGGAGAUGCGAUCAUGACGCAGAGAGUUG